AUGGAUUCGGUUGUUAUAGACGCAGAUGAACGAGAAGCAUUGUCAUCACUCGUCCCUUCUCAUCCACCACCGCGUAAGACACAUUCCUACGUCGAGCAAUACGAGCAGAAACCACAUCACCCGAUCCGUAAAUACAGCCUAGACGAAGGGUCAAGAUCCGUGACGUCGGAUUCAGAGCCUGUUUAUUUCGAUUCCUCCGACGGCGAAUUCUCCGGUGAAGGAGGAGUAACCGUCGUCAGUGGCAGAACCAGUAGCGAAAGAGGUAACGGAGAGGAUUACGGUUUUGUUACGCCUCCGUCGAAACCAACAUCGAAUCGCGGCGAGGUCCGGCAGGAUGAUAUCGAGUCUCUUCCGGAAUUCAUGGGCGCAGGAGGCGGUGUUGAUGUAUUCAAAGUACCGGUGCGUGCGGCGGUGAACCCUGGACGACCACCGUGUCUUGAGCUCCGGCCACAUCCGUUGAGAGAAACUCAGACGGGUAAGUUUCUUAGAAACAUUGCUUGUACGGAAAAUCAGCUAUGGGCAGGGCAAGAGAAUGGUGUGAGGUUUUGGAACUUGGAGGAAGCAUACGGAGUCGGUUGUGGCGUCGGCGGACAGGCCCGGCGAGGGGAUGAGGAUACGGCGCCGUUUCAUGAAUCCGCAACAACUUCGCCUACCUUGUGUUUGUUGAUUGACCAUGGCAAUAGGCUUGUGUGGAGUGGUCACAAGGAUGGUAAAAUCAGGGCUUGGUUAAUGGAUCAAUCGUCUACUGCAGAUGAUUCGAAGCCUUUCAAGGAACGACUCUCAUGGCAAGCUCAUCGUGGUCCUGUGAAUUACAUUGUCAUAAGCUCAUAUGGUGAUAUGUGGUCAUGUUCUGAUGGCGGUUUGAUAAAAAUAUGGACUUUGGAUUCUUUAGAGAAGUCUCUUGUGCUUAAACCAGCGGAGAAGCAUAUGGCUGCAUUGUUAGUGGAGAGAUCUGGCAUUGACCUUAGGAGCCAAGUUACUUUCAAUGGUACAUGCAGCAUAUCUUCGUCAGAUGUCAAGUAUUUGUUAGUUGAUACAGUAAGAGCUAAAGUGUGGGCUGUGCAGUACCUGUCAUUCUCAAUUUGGAAUGCUCAAAAUAAAGAGCUUGUGAAAGUUUUUAAUAUUGAUGGGCAAGUCGAGAAUCGAGUGGAGCUACAGGAAACGAAAGGUCAGCAAGUUGAAGAAGCGAAAGUGAAGUUCUUCUCCUCAUCAAAAAAGGAAAAAUCGCAGGGCUUUCUGCAACGAUCGCGCCAUGCUAUAAUGGGAGCUGCAGGAGCUGUUCGUCGAGCUGCCACUAGAAGUGCAGGAGCAUUUGCAGAAGAUACUAGGAAAAUAGAAGCUAUCGCGAUAGCGGCAGAUGGAUCAAUUUGGACUGGAAGCAUGAAUGGUCUAAUUGCUCAGUGGGACGGAAAUGGAAACCGCUUGAGGGAAGUGAAUCAUCAUCAGCAAGCUGUUCUGUGCUUUUGCACAUUUGGUGAUCGAAUAUAUGUGGGUUAUUCAAGUGGUUACAUCCAGAUCUUGGAUCUUGGAGGAAAGCUAAUUGCAAGCUGGGUUUCACACAAUGAACCUGUGAUAAAGCUAGCUGCAGGUGGUGGUUUCAUUUUUAGCUUAGCCACUCAUGGUGGUGUAAGAGGAUGGUAUGUGACAUCUCCAGGACCUCUAGAUAGUGUAAUCCGCACGGAAUUGUCUCAAAAGGAAAUUACAUAUGGCCGACAAGACAGUGUUAAACUCUUGAUUGGUACCUGGAAUGUUGGUGAAGGACGGGCUUCACGAGGAGCUCUGAUGUCUUGGAUUGGUUCUGCUGUCUCAGAUGUUGGCAUUGUCGCUAUUGGGUUGCAAGAGGUGGAUAUGGGGGCAGGUUUCCUUGCCAUGUCUACUGCUAAGGAAACGGUAGGGGUUGAGGGAAGUGCUGUGGGACAAUGGUGGCUUGAUUCAAUUGGAAAUGCGCUGGAUGAGAGAAAUACUUUCGAACGAAUGGGUUCGAGGCAGUUGGCGGGACUGCUAAUAUCUCUUUGGGUGAGGAGGGAUAUUAGAACACAUGUUGGAGAUCUUGAUGUCGCAGCAGUUCCAUGUGGCUUUGGCCGUGCCAUUGGCAACAAGGGAGGUGUGGGUUUGAGAAUCAGAGUUUAUGACCGGAUUAUGUGCUUUGUGAACUGUCACUUGGCUGCUCACUUGGAGGCAGUUACUCGGAGAAACGCGGAUUUCAAUCACAUAUAUCGGUCAAUGGUCUUCUCCCGAGGACAAAGUGUAUAUACUGCUGCAGCUGCUGGUGGUUCAACAUCUGCUCAAGCACUAAAGAAUAACAAUAAUACAAACAUCAGCACUGAAGAAGAGAAGUCUGAUUUAGCAGCAGCAGAUAUGGUUGCGUUUUUCGGUGACUUCAAUUAUAGGUUGUUUGGCAUAACCUACGACGAAGCAAGGGACUUCAUUUCGCACCGAUCUUUUGAUUGGCUCAGAGAGAAAGACCAACUUAGAGCAGAGAUGAAUGAGGGAAAAGUGUUCCAAGGAAUGCGUGAGGCGCUAAUCACCUUCCCGCCGACUUAUAAAUUUGAAAAGAAUAAGCCAGGUCUAGGAGGGUAUGAUUCAGGGGAGAAAAAGCGAAUACCCGCAUGGUGUGAUAGAGUUAUAUACAGAGACAACCAAUCAAGCCCAUUUUCUGACUGCAAUUUGCAGUGCCCUGUAGUUAUGUCGACUGUAAUGUACGAAGCUUGCAUGGAUGUGACUGAGAGUGAUCACAAACCCGUGCGUUGCAAACUUCAUGCUAAUAUAGCUCAUACCGAUAAAUCUGUGCGAAGACAGGAGCUUGGGAAAAUAAUAAAGUCCAAUGAGAAACUCAGAUCCAUGUUUGAAGAACUAAAAUCGGUUCCAAAAACAUCAGUGAGCACCAACAACAUUCUUCUUCAGAGUCAGGACACAUUCAUCUUUACAAUCACAAACUUUUCAAACUCGAGUAGAGUCAUCUUCAACAUCGUCUGUAAGGGUCAGACUCUCGCUAGAGAUGAUGGAGAAGGACCCGAGAAUCAUUCAAGAGGCACCUUUGGUCUACCUCGAUGGCUCGAGGUUUCUCCAGGAGCUGGGAUUAUAAAAGCAGAUGCUUCACUUCAGGUGAAGGUUCAUCACGAAGACUUUCACUCAGAUGACUCCGCUGAUAGCAUCCAACAAAACUCGUUGUCUGAAGACACUUGUCACAAAGAAGUGACCCUGAUGAUAAUCGUCCAGGGAAGCUGCUCGACCAAAACAACAAGCCACUCUAUCAAAGUCCGCCACUGCGCCUCAGCAGCCAAAUCACUUAGUCUCGUUCAUUCCAAAACAACCAGCAUGACAAAGAGUCUAGAAGGUUCCAGCCGUUACCAGACAGAAUCUAACCGCGGUGCAAGCAACAGACACAGGACCGAUGACUCCUCUAGGCGAGGCUAA